CAAGCCUAUCUGGAGACUAUUUAAUGGUAGCUCUGAAAGUGAGAAUCCACCAGUCCAACCAUCCACGAACUCAAGCUCCCCUGUUGAAAAACUUUGGAAGGUGAGAGGCUGAAGGCAUUUUUGGGCAGCCAAAAGAUGGGACUCUCUAUAUACAUCGGCCUCUGUUGUCUUGGAAUAUUGAUCACUAAUCCUUUUUUGGGAGCCAAGGCUGCAUCAUGCCCCAGAGACUGGUUGCAGAAACAGGGGAACUGCUACGGAUAUUUUGAUCAGGGACUAACUUGGGAUGCGGCUGAGCUUGAGUGCCAGAGCUAUGGCCCAGGAUGUCAUCUUGCCUCUAUUCUCAGCCCUCAAGAGUCCUCGCUGGUGUCUACCUACAUCAAAGACAAACAGGGAUCAACUAAACACGUCUGGAUGGGGCUCCGUGAUAUCUCUGGGGCGGGACCACUUCUUCCAGACAGUAUAAUAACAAAAGUUCAUUGCAAGCGGCCUUCCACUUCUACUCUUAAGAAAAGGCGAUGGAGAUGGGCUGAUGAAUCCACCUUCAAUUACAGAGCCUGGGUGGCACAACAGCCAGACAACCAUAGACAGAUGGAGCACUGUGGGGAGCUGACAAAUUACUCAGAUUUUAAAUUGUGGAACGAUAACGUUUGUAGCAAUCUAAAUGCUUACAUUUGUAAGUACCAGCUGUAGAGUCAUCUGGAUUGCAGCGACUGGGAUGCAACCAGAACCAGCUACGAAAACAUCUGCACAUUUGAUCGGCACUCUGUUGAUUUUACUGCCUCUGAAUCAUCCAGAAGGAAAGAUCAGAUCUUCUCCUUUCCCAUCCACAUUUCCUCUUAGAAUAGACAAUUUACCAUUACCCUGUCAUCCUCCCUUUUCUCAAUGGAAAUACAAUGUAAAUAAAUUCUCAGCAGCAUAUAUAUAAUACAAGGUUUCUGGGAAUAUUUCUAUUGUUCAAGAACAGGGGAUGGCAACAUUGGGUGGGGUGGAAGCAGUUGCAUCAGCUGCAUCAUGCCAGUGUUUUAGGAGAAACAAAUAAAAGGAAUGAAUGGAAGAGAGCAGAAAACACAUUUUGGCCCCCAGGGGCAUCAUAGGAGAAGGCGGUCCAAAAAUAUCAAGAUGGCGGUCAUGACUGAAAUUGAAGCACCAACCUCCUCUUUUUUUUCAUGCAUCCUUUUGAGCAUGCAACUAUGACCGCCAUCUUGACUUGUAUAGCUUCCCUACAGCUGUCCCCUUUUGCUUCUAUUGCCUGGUAUUUUUGCCUAAAUAUAUUUUUAAGGAGUCACAGGAAUCACUUAAA